AUGCCCAACACCACCCGUGCACUCCUGGCCCUUGCCGCCCUGAUGCCACUGGCCUGGGGCUUCUCGUCCGGCACCUUGUGGCCGCGGCAAGAAACCCAGGACAUGCCCCGCCCGAGGUUUGGCCCCGUGCCGUGGGGCGAGCAGCUCGGGCGCGACGACUUCCCCUGCGUAAAGGCCGGCCAGAUCGCCUUCACCUUUGAAGACGGCCCUUCGCCCUACACGCCCGAGAUCCUCGGCACGCUGCUCCGGUACAACCUCCGGGCCACCUUCUUCAUGACGGGCGACUUUGAGGGCGGCGGUCUGGCGCAGCCCCUGUACCACGAGCUGGCCAGGUUCAUGUACGACCGGGGCCACCUGCUGGGCAGCCACUCGUACCGCCACGACGACCUGCGCAGGUUCACCGCGGAGCAGGUGCGCGCGGACCUGCUCGAGAUGGAGGCCGCGUUUGUCGAGGUGCUCGGCGUGGUGCCCACCUACUUUCGCGCGCCCUUCACCAGGUGCGACUUUGACGGCGGCGACUGCCUCGAUAGCAUACGCCCGCUCGCCUACCACGUUGUCGACUUCAACAUCGACUCGUUUGACAAUGACGAGUUUGCAGACCCCGCGGACCUGGUGGCAUUGUUCAGGGAGACGCUGGACAAUUCCGACCGCGCUGUCGCCUCGUACAUUGUGCGGCUCCACGAUAACGAGGAAGCCACUGCCAACGGUCUCUUUGAGGACUUUAUCGCCAUAGCUCUCGACGCGGGGUUCGAGCUCGUCACUGUUGGCGAGUGUCUGGGUGAUGAGCCUGGCAACUUUUACCGCAAUCCGCAGACUGGCAAUGCGCUGGGUGACGGCAGCGAGCCGCUUCCCUCGCCGGAUCCUUCCGCCAGCACAGAGUCGACUGUGGCUUCGGCCAGCACGUCGGUUUCUUCCAGCACUGUCGAUGCGACUUCUUCUGCCGCUGAGGCUACUGGUGCUCCUGAAACAACCGGAAACCCCGACACUGUGAUCAGCGAUGCUCAGACCUCUACCGCCACUGAUCAAGAGGCAGCCGUCACUCUUGAUACGCUCACGCAGGAGACUCUGUCGGUAGCAUCUACCACAAUAGAAACUGCUGGUUCGGAGGAUUUGACCAUCACCGAAACCCAGACGUCGACACAAACUGGGGCAGACGCAACGGACGACCCAACAGCGACCAUCACUCCUGCAGUCACUGGCACCUCAGAUGUGGUCAUGACGUCCGGCAGCACGCCAACCAUGACCCAGAUAUCUGUGUCCAGCGCUGUUGCUUUGACGAGCUCAGAGCAGACGACCGAUGUAUCCCAGACAACCCCCGAGAGUUCUCUCGAUGCGACAGGUAGCGUCACGACGACUGAGCUAGUUUCACAGACAACCUCGGCCACCACAUCUGAAGAACCAUCUGCCUCACAGAGCUCAGCAACCACGAGAGCCACCUCUGAGACCACCGACACUGGUUCCAGUACGCCCGCGUCGAGUGCUGCGGGCGGCCAGGGCACUUCCGAAGCAUCCAGUGAUCCUGGCAGUACCACCAUCAUCGGCACCAACUCCAUUUCUGAGGUCACCGAGACUGGCUCUGGCACGUAUACAGCGACAGUCACGGGUAUCCAGGUUACCUCUGACAUCCUCGGUGAUCCCGGAACGCCCACCACCAGCUGUACCACUUCCACCACCAGCUGUACCACUUCCACCUGCACCACUACCGCCAUCGCCAGCACCGAUGGAACCGCAACGUCUGUUAGCUCCACAGACGGUCGAUCGCAGAGCAGUCCCGUGACAACCUCCCCCCUUGAUACAAUCACAGGAGGCUCCGAGACUCUGGACAGCACCACUCAAGAUGCGCAGACAAACAGCCAAUACACUCCAAGCUCACCAUCGCCAACUUCAGCAUCAGAAAUGACCCCUUUGUCCUUGUCUUCCAGCGUUGCGACUCUGGACAGCACCGCCGGAUAUGUGCAGACAAACACCCUGGAGAUGACAGCACCCUCGGCUUCAGAAUUCGCCACAGCACCAUCAAAGUCACCCUCCAGCAUCGACGGGAUUGUGGACAGCACCAUCCGAGAAUCUACCCCAAGCGUGACAGCGGCCCCAGCUUCUGAUGUAACAUUUUCGCACCCAUCCCCCAGCGUCGACGAGACCCAGACCACCAAAGACCAAGCCACCGACAGCAACCUGCCACCCAGCGCGACAGCCCACCUGCCGAACCACAUUCACUACGCCAGCGACACCAUCAUCACGCACACCGCAGGAGCGACAUACUGCCCAUCCUCGAUCGCCCAACACAACAACGGUGCACCAUCCCCGCCCGUACCGACAGGAGGGCCCCAGGACGGCAGCGCUGCGGUCCAAGAGCCAAACGCACACUGCAGCACAUGUCAGGAUGGCGCCGCGAGCGACGACAGCAGCCUUGGAAGCUGGUUGACCAUGGCCAGCAGCAGGGCAAUUGGUGAGCAAGUCGAUUCACAGUCGGUCGCGACGUCGACUGGAGCAGUCUCAGCCGGCGGUACUUGGACGUACACUGCUAGCCUGUCGCCGCUCGGUACUGCUCAGCCCUCGGCUGCUAGUGCGGCCGGCGAUGGCGCUGGUGGUUUGCCGUCUGGUGCUGAAACGGGCGGCGUUGGCGGCCCGAGUGCCGUGCCGACUCGUGUCUUGGACGCGGGUGGCUUUGCUGUUCGCGGUUCUGGCUGUGCUGUUGUGAUUGCUGUUUUUGCGGCAUGUAUGCUGUUUUGA